UUUCAGUGCUCUAGAUUUGCCCUAGAUAUGGCCGGAAAGGGAGAGGGUCCAGCGAUAGGUAUUGAUCUUGGAACUACUUACUCUUGCGUCGGAGUAUGGCAGCACGAUCGGGUCGAAAUCAUCGCGAACGACCAGGGUAACCGCACGACCCCGUCAUAUGUCGCGUUCACCGACACAGAGCGGCUGAUCGGCGAUGCUGCGAAGAAUCAGGUCGCCAUGAACCCCAUAAACACGGUUUUUGAUGCCAAGCGAUUGAUUGGCAGGCGGUUUUCUGAUGCAUCUGUUCAGAGUGAUAUCAAGCUUUGGCCAUUCAAAGUUAUUCCUGGACCUGGAGACAAGCCCAUGAUUGUUGUUCAGUAUAAGGGUGAGGAUAAACAGUUUGCAGCUGAAGAAAUCUCAUCUAUGGUUCUUAUUAAGAUGCGUGAGAUUGCCGAGGCCUAUUUAGGAGCGACUGUGAAGAACGCAGUUGUCACUGUUCCUGCAUACUUCAAUGACUCACAGCGCCAAGCCACAAAGGAUGCUGGUGUCAUUGCCGGUCUAAAUGUUAUGAGAAUCAUUAAUGAGCCAACUGCUGCUGCCAUUGCAUAUGGUCUUGACAAGAAGGCUACCAGCGUUGGUGAGAAGAAUGUUCUCAUUUUUGACCUGGGUGGUGGUACCUUUGAUGUAUCUCUCCUCACCAUUGAGGAGGGUAUCUUUGAAGUCAAGGCCACUGCAGGAGACACUCAUCUUGGUGGAGAGGAUUUUGACAAUAGAAUGGUGAACCACUUUGUCCAGGAGUUCAAGAGGAAAAAUAAGAAAGAUAUAAGCGGCAAUCCCAGAGCUCUUCGGAGGUUAAGGACUGCUUGUGAGAGGGCAAAGAGAACCUUAUCUUCCACUGCUCAGACCACAAUUGAAAUUGAUUCUCUCUAUGAGGGCAUCGAUUUCUACUCCACAAUCACUCGUGCCAGGUUUGAGGAACUUAACAUGGAUCUAUUCAGGAAGUGUAUGGAACCUGUGGAGAAGUGCCUGAGGGAUGCAAAGAUGGACAAGAGCACUAUUCAUGAUGUUGUUCUGGUUGGAGGGUCCACUCGGAUUCCUAAGGUGCAGCAGCUUUUGCAGGACUUUUUCAAUGGGAAGGAGCUCUGCAAGAGCAUCAACCCUGAUGAAGCUGUUGCUUAUGGCGCUGCUGUUCAAGCUGCCAUCUUGAGCGGUGAAGGUAAUGAGAAGGUUCAGGACCUUCUCCUCCUCGACGUUACUCCUCUCUCCCUUGGUCUGGAGACCGCCGGUGGCGUCAUGACAGUUCUGAUUCCAAGGAACACCACCAUCCCUACCAAGAAGGAGCAGGUCUUUUCCACCUACUCAGACAAUCAGCCCGGCGUCUUGAUCCAGGUCUACGAGGGUGAGAGGACGAGGACCAGGGACAACAAUUUGCUUGGCAAAUUUGAGCUCUCAGGCAUCCCACCUGCUCCCAGAGGUGUUCCCCAGAUUACUGUUUGCUUUGACAUUGAUGCCAAUGGUAUCUUGAAUGUUUCUGCCGAGGAUAAAACAACUGGGCAGAAGAAUAAGAUCACCAUCACCAAUGAUAAGGGCCGUCUGAGCAAGGACGAGAUUGAGAAGAUGGUUCAGGAAGCUGAAAAAUACAAGUCUGAGGACGAGGAGCACAAGAAAAAGGUGGAGUCGAAGAACACGUUGGAGAAUUAUGCGUACAAUAUGAGGAACACCAUCAAGGAUGAGAAGAUUGCCUCCAAACUUGCCGCCGACGACAAGAAGAAGAUUGAAGAUGCCAUUGAUCAGGCUAUCCAGUGGCUUGAAAGUAAUCAAUUGGCCGAGGCCGAUGAGUUUGAUGACAAGAUGAAGGAACUCGAGGGAAUCUGCAACCCGAUCAUCGCCAAAAUGUACCAGGGAGCUGGCCCUGAUAUGGGUGGAAUGCCUGAUGAUAUUCCAACUGGUGGUGGUAGCAGUGCUGGUCCCAAGAUUGAGGAGGUCGAUUAAAAUUUUCUCUAUAGUCAUUUAUUGCAACUUACUUGGAUCUUAGUUUAUUGCAACUUGUUUGCAAUGGUUAUCUGUUCUUCUUUUGAAAGACUUGAUAUUGGUUUCUAUUAUGCAUGGCCUGAAGUCUUGGCCGAAGUAGUAGUGCGUCUUUGACAAUAUUUAUUUUAUGUUGUCAUUCAGUAUUGUUAUGGAUUUCUAUUUUAUCA